AUGGUUGAAAUAGAAAAAAGAAACUCAAUAUUAGAAGUUGGAGCUGGAGGAGGCUAUUUAUUAAACCAUGCAAUGCAAAGGAAAAAAAAAAAUGCUUAAUAUAUAGCUACGGAUUUAACAGAAGCUAUGAUAAAAGUUAUGUGUUAAAGAUCAAACUUAGAGGCUUUGAAAAUAUUUUAUGCUGGAAUUAAUUUGUUCCUUUUAAUGAAGUUGAAAAUUUUAUGA